CAACAAAAGAAAAAAAAAAAAAAAAAAGAACACUCUUUCUCUCUGCUUCGCUUCCUUACUUCCUCAGAUCUGCAUCCUCUGUUCCUCGUUAUCUUCGAAAUCCUCCCCAUAUCUCUCUCUCUCUCUCUCAACCACAUUCUCUCUCUACUACGAAGAUCCGCCGCCACCCUCCUCGCCGAGCCCGCCGAACCCCUCCUCCGCCGCCCGCCGCUGCCCCAUGGCGAAGCUCUGCCUCCACGCCCUCCUCGCCCUCCUCCUCCUCCGCCUCGCCCUCUCCGCAGAUCCGCCCCAGAUCCCGCCGUCCCCUUCACCCGAGCUCGCCGACGGCGCCCCCCCGCCGGCCUCCGGAGCUCCCCUGAGCUCCCCCCCGUCCGUCGGCUCCCCCGCCGCCUCCGACACCUCGUCCCCGCCGUCGCCUCCCCGUCGGGCUCGCCCCCCGCCCCACUCCUGCCCCCACCGCCGUACCGCCGACGACGCCGGUCCCGUCCCCGGUGAAGUUCACCGGCCUUCUCCACUACGACGAGCCGGUGGUCCGCCCCGGCGAAGGUGUGAGCAGCACGAAGACGGCCGUGUUCGCGGCGGGGGCGAUCGUGUUGGGGGCGGUAGUGCUGCUGGGAGCGGUGGUGUGGUGUACAAGAACAGGAAGGACAACAUAAGGCGGGCGCAGUACAGCCACGCGGCCCGGAAGGAGAUCCUCUAGAGAAGCCAUCCAUACCAUACGAUUCGUCGGUGCUUUAGGUGUCCUCAUCGGACCACACACGUCAGUGUGGACAAGUUCUAAUGGCUUCUUAGCUUUCCAUGCAACUCUAGAUGGGAAGGAUUGUCUCUGUUGUUUUCCAAGCAAACAGCCUUCACAAACAUCUGAAAUUUCUGUGAUGGCUGGAAAAUCUCUUAU